AUGGCGUCUAAUCAACAGAAACAACCUCUUACCGACGCCCAAACUCUGAUGCGUGAAUGCGAUGCAAUCAUUACUGCAACCCUGAGAUUCCUCGAAGCAGAGGAACAGAAAAAAAUCUUCUUCGAAUUUUGCAAAACUGCAUACGAAGAACGGCGAGCAGGCUCACGCAACUCUAACGAAGAUGUACUGGAAAACUUGGAACCCGUCAAGGCAAGUCUCGAGAAAGUGCAAGACGAGCUCAGAGCACUCUUGCAGACAGACGAAGACGGCGCGCUCGAGGAGGCAAAAGACAAAACAGAAGUAGCGUUCGCUGAGCUUGCUAGUAGCGUUGAGAGAUUGAAAGCCAUAUUUCGCUCUCCCUAG